AUGAUACUAACGAAUAUCAGGAUUGUUUGGUUUGCGACUACGAAUGCAAUGUACAAUGUCAGCAUCCCGUAUCUGCAAGCACAGGCCUGUCGAAUUCGUAAUUCCCGAUUCGGCCUCGCGCUCGUCAUCGAAACAUCCGUCGUCAGUGGCGAAUAUGUGUUAGGAUUUCGCGUUGAUCCAGAAGAUCGGUUACAAAACGUUUGCAAAACGAUACGCGUUCUUCAGAAGGCUUUUGCUACGAAACCUGUCUUUGGCGUGCAACACAGUCGUGAACGGCCAGGCACUCCGCAAGCAGUCGGGGAAGAAGUGAAACAAGUGGAUGAGGAUGUGGAGCUCGACGAGCGUCCUCUGCGAUCAGACGCCUACGCAGCUUAUUUUUCCGAUGGUUUGAUGAGCGAGGAAGUGCGUCCACCAGUUUAUUCCGAGGAGCUUGGCGUUGCCAUCGAGCAGCUGAAGCCUGGCUUCACAAUUUCGGAUCUCUGGCAAAUUCAUGGCACUCCGCAAGCGGUCGGGGAAGAGGUGAAACAAGUGGACGAGGACGUGGAGCUCGACGAGCGUCCUCUACGAUCAGACGCCUAUGCAGCUUAUUUUUCUGAUGGUUUGAUGAGCGAGGAAGUGCGUCCACCGGUUUAUUCCGAGGAGCUUGGCGUCGCCAUCGAGCAGCUGAAGCCUGGCUUCACAAUUUCGGAUCUCUGGCAAAUUCACGUCGAAUGA